CUUGUAACAGCUUGCCAUAAGUUACAUGGCCAAAGCUGAGAUGCGGGGAGACAGGGAUCAGUCCGGACUAGCGCCUAUGACCGCAUGUCCGCUGUAGCUGCCUGCACCUUACUGCGUCUAUCCACAGACUAAACACCACAUGCGAUACGCGUCUUAGCACACACAAGAUACCACAGUAAUGGCCGACACAGUACCGGCAAAGCUCAGGAGCUUGCAGCUCGCGUCCUUUGCGAAGCGCGCCGCUCAGCUUGAGAAGUUCAAGCCCAUCAUCACCUACUGGUUGCGCUUCUGCAUUGUCCAACGAAUCAUCGCCGGUGGACUCCACUCGGCUGAUCAGGAAUGUACCGCCUACACGACCGAUCUCAUGGAGAAGUUGGAGCAAGCAAAGGCCGAGAACCCGAACGAGGAUGCUUUGCUGGAUGACACGGUUGCGAGCGCAUACUGUGAACAGUUCGCUCUACAAACUCUCGCCAAGGCAGAGAGGGAGAUGGCCGAGAACAGGGUCAAUGGGCAGACCGCUGAUACCCUCCUCGCGGCAUCGACAUUCCUCGAGGUCAUGUCUGUAUGGAAGAAUAGUGACCCCGAAAUCACUUCCAAGACCAAGUUCGCCAAAUACCAUGCGCUGCGCAUCGUCAAGGCCAUCAAGGCCAACGAAGACCCGAACGCGACGAACCCCAGACAAGAAGCACCACAACAGGCCUUGUCGCCGUCUGCGCUAGAUCCAAAUGACCCGGAAGUACGAAGCAUAAACCAAGGCGCGCCACCAGAGAACCCAUACCAACCAUACGUCGAGACGGUGCCCAAUACGACCCAGCCAUCGCCCAGUCUGUCUGCGCGCCAAGUGUCGCCGCCAGCUCCCAAUCUCCCUUCCGCGCCCACGGGCUACAACCAAUCAUCGCACAACGAUGUCUCGCCCAUGUCACAAUCAGCAACCUCGAGGCAGGGCUCCGUCGUCUCAAUCGGCGGCGGAUACUUUCCAAAGACCGACCCUCCUACCUUCACAUCAGAGACGACAGCGCCCGGGCUACCUACCGCGCCCAUGGACAUCGACCCUAUGACAUCUUCCCUACCAAACAGCCCUGCACCACAAGUUCCAGACGCGUCAGACCCUGCAAGCUUCUACCAGAACCCUACGUCUCCUCCACCCCAAGCCCCCGAGCAACCACCUCAAAACCCAUACCAAUCACCACCACCCCAAGUGCCUCAGAAGCCACAGAGACUAUCCUCAAGCUUCACAGUCACUCCACAACAAUCUCAAAACGCUUUUACGUCGCCCGUGGUGUCUCAGCAACAUUACCAACAACAAAACGUUUCCUCGCAGCCUCCUCAGCAACAAUACUCGUCGACAUCUCACCAGAAUCCGUACGCCCAAGCACCAGGACCUCCUCCACAGCAGCAGCUGUCAUCGCAGGGUCCGUUCAGAGACGAUGAAGAUUCCAUCAUGGCAGCUACAAAGCAUGCGAAAUGGGCUAUUUCAGCGUUGAAUUUUGAAGACUCCUCAACGGCUGUGAAGGAGUUGAGGGCGGCGCUGCAGGCUUUGGGUGCGGCUUGAGUAGGAUGGAAGGAUUGAUAACCCCAGAAGCAACUUCUUGGUUCGAGGUACGACGAUUACAUUGCAGCUCCUUGUUUUCAAACUCAUUACCCCACGUGUCUGUAGGCGUCCAGCUACUAUUUUAGGUCUCCUGGGGUGACGCCAAAAGUGUUGUAUUGUGACUGGAUGUCGUGUUGGAAGUGUUGUUGAUUGUGGGUGUAGAGAGAGCAGCAGGUACGACCUCUCUUAUACAAUGUUCGCUGUAUACCCAUGCUUUCUACAUAGGUGCGCCAAAGACGCGUUACUCGUCAAUAUAAAUCUCUUUAGUUGGCU